AUGGCAAUCAAACCAAGGACGAAGGGCAAAACAUACUCAUCAAGAUCGGUGGGGUCGCAGUGGUUCAACAGACUUGGUUUCAAGCAGAACAAGUACGGAUUUUGCAAAUUUUUGUCGAUAAUAACAGCCUUUAUUUGUAUUCUUUAUUUUUUCUCCAAUCGGUUCUAUCCAAUUUCUCGUUCCACGAGUGUAUCAUAUUCUCCAUCUCACGGGCUGUAUAUUAAUGAAAUUCCUGCCUCCAGCCGGUUGAUUUACCCACAUGUAGAACAUGUACCUGUGUUAAAGCAAAUGACCAUUAGGGGACUUUAUAUUACGAGGCUGGAAAUGGAUGGCAGUAAAAGAUUAGUUCUGAAAUCUGAAGAGACUGCUUUGACGGAUGAAGAAAAAAAAAAGACUACUGAUCAAAUCCUAUUGGUGAAGCACUCGUUCUUGGACCACGGUAAGUUAGUAUAUCGUAAGAGUAAUGAUGCACCUGAAGUAGUUGUAGUAACGCUAAUAGACUUUGAAAACUAUGAUUUAGAAACGAUUAUCCAAAUUGUUCAAAAUAGGGUUGAUUACGCUCAAAAGCACCAAUAUGGUGUCUACAUCCGUUGGAUACAGGAAUUCUUGCCUGUUAUAGAAAACCAGAAUCUGGCUGAAAGUUACGAGUUCAUUAAACCAUUGAUGAUAAGAGCCGCCAUGCAUGCCUUCCCAACUGCCAAGUAUAUUCAUUUCGUUGAUCAAGAUGCCCUAUUGAUGAAUCUUGAUCUUUCUUUACAAAAGUACCUGUUAGAUCCGAAGAUUAUGGAUUUGGCUUUACUGAAGAACGUUCCUGUUGUGGCCAAUUCGAACAUCAAGACAUACAAUCACUUUGAAUACAACUCUGCAAAGAUCAUCAUUCCGCAUGAUGUGAAUGGUAAUAUAGAUACGUCUUCCUUUGUUGUUGCCAAUGACUUUUACGGUCAAGCUCUGAUAGACUAUUUGAAUGAUCCGUUGCUGAGAAAUUUUCCAUGGGAUAAUACCGGUGAUAAACUGAGUGCUGCUAUCGGUCAUAUUUUACAGUGGCAUCCUACAUUACUGGGUAAGACGGCGAUCGUCAUACCAAAAGUUUUGGCAAGUCAAUACGAUGCAUCUUUGGAUCAAGAAGGUGAGUCUGGAAACGGUGCUUCUGGUGGCGAUGUUUACCACUAUAAUGAAGGUGACUUAGCUGCUUCCUUUAAGGGAUGUAGAUCUAGAGGUACGUGUGCUAGUGAGAUAGGUCACAUGUACAAGAAAAUCAAGAAAUCUUGA